AUGCUCUCAGUCCAGCCAGACACCAAGCCGAAAGGUUGUGCUGGCUGCAACCGAAAGAUCAAGGACCGGUAUCUUCUAAAGGCACUGGACAAAUACUGGCAUGAAGACUGCUUGAAGUGUGCCUGCUGUGACUGUCGUUUGGGAGAGGUGGGCUCCACCCUGUACACUAAAGCUAAUCUUAUCCUUUGUCGCAGAGACUAUCUGAGGCUCUUCGGUGUGACGGGAAACUGUGCCGCCUGCAGUAAGCUCAUCCCUGCCUUUGAGAUGGUGAUGCGCGCCAAGGACAACGUUUACCACCUGGACUGCUUUGCAUGUCAGCUUUGUAAUCAGAGAUUUUGCGUUGGAGACAAAUUUUUCCUAAAGAAUAACAUGAUCCUUUGCCAGACGGACUACGAAGAAGGUUUAAUGAAAGAAGGUUAUGCACCCCAGGUUCGCUGAUCUAUCAACAUCACCCCAUUAAGAAUACAAAGCACUACAUUCUUUUAUCUUUUUUGCUCCACAUGUAUAUAAGAAUUGACACAGGAACCUACUGAAUAGCGUAGAUAUAGGAGAGCAGGAUGGUUAUAUGGAAUAAAAGGCGGACUGCAUCUGUAUGUAGUGAAAUUGCCCCAGUUCAGAGUUGAAUGUUUAUUAUUAAAGAAAAAAGUAAUGUACAUAUUGCUGGAGUUUUUUGCUUGCUCUUCGUUUUUGUGUCACUUGGCAUGAGAUGUUUAUUUUCGACUAUUGUAUAUAAUGUAUUGUAAUAUUUGAAGCACAAAUGUAAUACAGUUUUAUUGUGUUACCAUUUGUGUUCUGUUUGCUUCUUUGUAUUGUUGCAUUUAGUACAAUCAGUGUUUAAACUUACUGUAUAUUUAUGCUUUCUGUAUCUACCAGCUAUUUUAAAUGAGCUAUAACUUUCUAGUAAAGAAUUGAAGAGCAAAUCUCACUAAUGAUGCACAUAUAGAUAAAGCAAGUCUAUCAACAUUAAAAUACUAAAAAAAAAGAAGAAGAAGAAAUGAAGACACACACAAAGCAUUUUAGCAACAUCCACUAUUAUUGCCACUAUGAUUUAGAGUCUAUCAGUGUUCUCAUUAUAACCCCCGAUUUUCAGGGGGUUAAAGAUCAGCUUUAAAAAUGCAUAAAAAUUUCAUCUUAAAGCACUUUCAUUUUAUACCAACGUGAAAAGUGCCAUUUUUAGAAUAACUUUAAAGCUUAGCAAUUAUCCUUUUAAUAUCCUUUUUUUGUGUGUGUGUCUUUACCUACACAAUGGCUUUGUUUUGUUUUGUUUUGUUUUUCAGCCACUUACCCCUUAUGUAAACUAGUGCCUUUGGGUAUCAUGUAAAAUUUUUCCAAAGGGUUACUUUAGACAAGUGUUACCACAAUUAUGAGAUAAUUUUAAAAUGAUAAAUUUCUUGUACAAAUUUUGCCCAGAUUUCUCCCUGAGAGCUAAGGGUUUAAUAACUUGAUGGCUUGACAAAUUUCUGGCACUGAAAGGAUUUGAGUGCAAAUCUACUGAAACCAUGAUAAUGCAUACUGAAGCUAUGAUGAUAUUUGAGUGGUGAGCUUACUUUUUUGAUCAGAGCAACAUAGUGCUCACAGAAUCUUCUAGAAGAAGAGAAACAAAGGGAUUGUCAAAGAGCUGAGAACUGGUGAUUAUAUAUUUUUCUGUAUUUACCUGACACUUAUUUUAAUGUUCAAAAAGUGAAGACUUUAAAAGUUUGACAUGUCUUACUCUUACUGCUUUCUUUAAGUAGCUACCCGCUCAGAAUAUAUAUAUCACACUUAAGGCUGAAAUCUGUCAUUCCAUGUUUUAAAGGUGAAAAAUUAUUCCCUUACCAACAUGAUAGAUGAUAAAGAAGAAAGGUUUCUAGAAACAAAUUAUGGAGACCGAUUAUUUCAAUUACAAUUAAGGAAAU